AUGCUGGACAGUGCAUCCUCUGGGCGCAAUGCCCGGCACCAUCAACAUCAACAGCCUCCACCAAUCAUCCCACCCUCCCCGACGUUAUCGAACCCAGAUAUGAUCCUGCCAUUCGACGUAGGCGAGCGCGAGUCCUCCACUCCGUCUCCGCCAUUCAACUUACCCUCCUUGUCCCAUCUCCAAGCAUUCUACGAGAAUAAACCACUGCCAAGUUUACCCGGCACCGAUAGUUCGCACGGCGCACCGUAUCCUCCCUCCAUCCGGCCGCAGAAGAAGAACUUUCCGCGACACACGUGGCUGCAGGAUAGUCGUGACGCGAGCCGUCGUCUUUCAGAUAUCGGGGAGGAAGAUGCCGGGUCGUCGCCGCACAAGGGGGGAGGUUCUGGGAACUUGGGUCUGGCGUCGCGUGGUUCCGCACCUAAAUUGGCCAGUUCUCCUGUGUUAUAUGAGCAGGGGGAGAAGGAGACGAGAGACCACAAGGCGUGGAGUAGCUCGUCUGGGUCAACAGUCGGCGCUGUGAGCGAGUUGUCGCUGCGGGAAGUGACGAAGAACGAUUCGGAUGGGUCUGGAGCUUUGACAAGCGAGGAAGUUCAGGGCGUAACGUCGGUUGCCGAGGAGAAGGGACCCGACGAUGAGUUCUCAUCGGCUAUUUUGGAAAGUGAAGCGGAGCGCAUCCUCGAAAAUGCCAAGAAAAAGCUAACGCUCAUGGAAGGAAACCUCUCCCGGGCCCGAUCGUCGAUGCGGUCGUCGCCCUCGCUUUCAUCCUCACCAUCGCCAUCGGCUGGCACUCAGCCAUUGGGACUCGGACAGCCCGUUGGGGGUUUAUAUCAGUCAAUCUCCCGAGCGGACCGCAGGGCUUCGGCUCUGCGCCCUCGGGCAACAUACACCUCGUCGCAAGAUUCGGCCAACAACAGACAUUCGCGGGUUUACAGUGAAACCAACCUACCGUCAACAGCGCCGUCCAACCCUCCGUCUACCGGGCCUAGUCUGUCACGAUCCUUGAGUGCCAUGGGGUCGAGCACUUCCUCCAAUUUUCACAAUGAUGAACGGUCGUUUCACUAUGAGGCAACCCGAGCUUAUCUCACUCACCGCGCCUCUGUGUCAUCAAUGCAGCCACCGGCGGCGAUUCAACGCGCACACUCUGUCAAACAGAGUGGGAGCAACUCUGAGACGCCGAAGGGACUGGGUAUAACAAGCCCUGACGUGGACUCUGACAAAACUCACAAAUAUGAAGAAUUCAACUCUGCUCAUCCCUCUCACGACCCUCCCUCUCGCGCACAGUCACAGCUUCAAGUACGAGAUCUCCAGGAUCAGAUGAAGGGGCUUCACAUCAAGAUUUCCAGUCUGAAGGUCAAAGCUCAAGAGGACAAUCUCCGGCGGCGAAGCCUGCAGAGCUUGAGAACGCCAAGUCCGUUCACCGAGGGGGACCAAUGGUAUCCGAGCGCGUUGGAGCUCAAGAACAGCAAUGGCAGUCUUCGGUCGAACAUGGGACGUGGGCGUACUGCCGAGGCUCAGGAACACCAGCACCACCAGGAACGUCAGGAACGAGAGACCGUAGGAAAUGGAUGGGCGUAUGACCGGAGAGACCAUCAAACCGAGCAACCAGAAGCAAAGCUUCGGCGAAAGCCUAGUGCUGCUUCUCAUACCGUUUCGCAUACGGAUCACGACGACAGGAAAUCGAUCAAUGAGAGUCUCUAUGAGGAUGCAGAGGAGGGAGAAUACGACAUGGACGGCUCCUCGUACUGGGACAUUGACCGUGAAGCUUUGGAGGAGAUACUUCGCGAGCCCCUGGACGACGAGGACUUGGAAGAGUCUUUGGAGGCCUUUCCAGCUGUGCCUCAGCAUACCGAAAUGACACCACACGAGGAGCGCGAGGACGCGUUUGACUAUGAGCACUUCAUUCUUCACAGCGCCUUGGGCAACUACUCGCAGAGCAGACUGCGCCGCACGAGCAAUGUAUCGACCUCGUCUGUUGAAACCACACGGCCCUUCCACGAAGCUUCUGGGACUCGCCAUUCACGGUCUGACAGUACGGCCUCCUUGUCCACCAUUGCAACGUUUGCCACAGCGACAGAGGGCGAGGACGAUCUUGAGAGUGUUCUCUACUGGGACAGGAAGUUCAACGACGAACUGCGGACCCAUCAACACUAUACUGAGCCUGCAGCCAGUCACAAAGAGACCGAUUCGGGAUCCAUGGGGACGCCGCGUGCAUCACGAAAGCAGGCAAGCCACAGCGGGACGGCGAAUGGAAGUGCGGACGUCUCGUCGAGAACCUUUUCUCCUGUUCAGCGGUCAGAUUCGGCCACGAGCUCCCUCGUCUCCUCGCUCGUGUCGACAGUGCGGGCUGCGUCAAGCCCUCAUCCGAAUACAGAAAACGGGAAAUCCGGUCUCAAUAACGACGAUACUCGGCUCUUGGAGCAGGUGUUCCGAAGCCUGGGGAAGGUCUGCCUGGACCUGCAGACGAUCACUGCCUCUGCCGAGCCUGAUCCGAAGAGGGUGCGGGUCUUGCGACGGCGAUUAGAUGCGGCUCGGAGAGUGUUGGAUGGCGAGCUUGACGCUUGA